GAGGGAGAGAGGGCGAGCAAAGCAAAGCACGGCAGCUUUGACUGUUUUCAUUUUCAUCUGACGACCACUCGUCUGUCCCGUCCGUCAGAGUGCAUUUCACUUUGGAAGGAGGAAGGAAACUGCAGAUCUUUGGAUCAGUCUCAGCUCAGUCUCACUGCUGUUGCAUCUGUGCCUCAGUCAGUCAGUUAACUUCGGCAGUCAGUUAGUCAGUCAGUUAGUCAGUCAGUUAGUCAGUCAGUUAGUCAGUCACUCCGUGCGUGAGUGUCAGUGUGAGUUGCUGCUUUCCUGUUGCUUCUGCACAUCAGUCAGUCAGUUAACUUCUCAGUCAGUCAACCAACCAGUCUGGGAGCGUGAGUUGUUGCCUUAUCCCUCUGCCGCUGCUAGAAUUGUCUGUGUCUCUGACAGUCAGUUACUCAGUCAGUCAGUAAGACUGUGAGCGUGUCUGUGAGCUGUUGUUGCUGUGGCCCUCUGCCGCCGCUAAACUUGGCUGAGCAGGACACCUGUUGAACAUGCGCUCCACUCUGCACACAGUAGCCAUGGGAGUGUGUGCUGCAUCCAUCUGACUACCUUGCCUUGACUCUCUACAGAGACCCAGCCAGCUGUCACACACACUUGGACACACACACGCACGUGAGUGCAGGAGAGAGAGACAGAGAGAGAGAGAGAGAGAGAGUGUGUGUGUGUGUGUGUGUGUGUGUGUGUGUGUGUGUGUGUGUGUGGGUGUGGGUGUGGGUGUGUGUGUGUGUGUGUGUGUGUGUGUGUGUGUGCGUGUGCGUGUGCGUGUGCGUGUGGGUGUGUGAGAGAGAGACAGAGAGACAGAGGGAGAGGAUUAUAUUGGUGUAGGCUUUUACCUUCGUGAGGUCAGAGUGGUGGAGAGGAGAGAUGUCUUCUCUGUAUCACCGCAACAAGGAUCUCACCAGGACCAGAAAGUCACUGUCGGACUCGCCCCCCUCCUCUCCCACAGCCACCACGCCGUCCUACAGACAUGAAAGGGCAUCGAGAUCAGACUCGAGCGGUGGGGAGAGUGCCUCUGACAGGCUGCUCAGCCGCACCACCUCUUACACACGACGGGAAAACCGGCUGGCAUCGCUUGGCAAGACAGAGGAGGAGUCUGGUAACAAAGAGUACAGAAAGCUGUAUGAAGAUGCCCUGUCAGAAAAUGAGAAACUGAAAUCCAGGCUUGCAGAUAGCAAACAGGAGCUGGUUAAAAUCCGAAAUCAGUUGCAGAAGGUCACACAGAAACAAGACCGGAUAUCAGAAAGAUCUGGUGUAUAUGAAUCAGAACGAAGGGAAAAACAAGCUCUGGAGAAAAAGGUAUCGGACAUGGAGGAAGAGCUGAAGGUUCUGAAUGAGCUCAAGUCAGACAAUCAGCGACUGAAGGAUGAAAAUGGAGCCUUGAUCCGUGUCAUCAGCAAGUUAUCCAAAUAAGCCAAUGACCAAGAGUCACACACACACACCCACACACACACACACACACACACACACACACACACACACACACACACACACACACACACACACACACACACACACACACACACACACACACUCACACUCACACACACAAAUACUUACUCCUCGGACCAACACGCAACACCUUCUAUCCCGUGUCAGAGUUUGUGUGUCAGUUUUUCUUUGGGGAAGUGUACACUGGUUAGUGGUGUUUCUUUAGCGCUAGAUAAUAAUCAGGGACAGAAAUGCACAAGCAAUACUUACCAUCCAAAUAUUCAACCUGUAAUAUUAUUGAAACAUACAGCUUUAGUGGCAACAAUACAGACCAAUUCUGUACAUGCCACACCAAGUGGAUAUAGCGAAACUGUAAAAAAAAAAAAAAAAAAAUAAAAAAAAAAAAAAUAGUUGGCAUCUGUGCCUUGUCUGUAAAAGGUGUUUUAAUUGGUGCGUCAACUGAAAAAAACUAGAACUACCAAAAAGGGACAAAAUACGAGGCGCACAAUGACUGAUGCAAACCAAUUGUAUUUUCAAGCUGAAAAAACAUUAACUAGAGAGAAAACAAUGACCGAAACGUUUGUUCAGUUCAAAAUGGGCUAGGCCUGAAACAUUUGUACUUCCAGUUUAUGUGUGCCUUAUUUCUUUUUCUCCUUUUGGUGGUUCUAGCAGACGGUUCUAGCCAUAAACAAGAAGAAUCACUGCACAGGGGUGGACUUGACUUAAUUGCUUUUUAUAAAAAAAAUGAAGAAAAAAUGAAUAUUAAGAAAUAAAAAAGAAGCAAAAUCAAAUCCACUUGUGUGCGGUGAUUCUUCUUGUUUCCCUUGGAUUACUGAUGACUGCACUUCAGCAGCACCUGGAAACUAGCUGUGCAUAGGAGCUCCAGAUAUUUGAAUACCACAUGGAACCAUAUCAGUCAACCAGCUGAGCCUGAUCUCGAGAAAUUGCGUCCAAUUUCUCACGUAAACCAACAUCCGAGAUUGCGUUUAUAUUCAGACACGUUCCCUGCUGUCUAGUGCACAUAGAUAGCUUCUGAUUGGUCUAGCUAGUGUGCCCUUCCUUAAACCAUCCCUAAACCUAACCUUUCACAGACAGCUGCAUGACCACUGCGCAUGUGUGUCAACGGGAAUGCGUCGUAAUCUGGACGCAAUUUCAGUUUGUGGUUUGCGUGAGAAAAUAGACGCAAUUCCUUCGAGAUCAUGUAGACCAGCCAUGCACAUGGUGAUCAGCCACAGGCUUGGUCUCACCACUUCACAGGCACUGCUCAACAUCACAUCACACAGGCUUUGGAGGUACUUUGGGUAUCUCAGGCCUAGGAUGCCUUUAGCUGUGUGCGUGUGUGCGUGCGUGCGUGCGUGCGUGCGUGCGUGCGUGCGUGCGUGCGUGCGUGCGUGCGUGCAUCUGUCUGUCUGUCUGUCUGUCUGUCUGUCUGUCUGUCUGUCUGUCUGUCUGUCUGUCUGUCUGUCUGUCUGCCUGUCUGUUUGUUUGUCUGUCUGUGUGUUUGUCUGUCUGUCUGUGUGUUUGUCUGCAUGUGUUUUUAUGAGACUCUAUGCACGUGUGUGUGUGUUUUACACAGCACAUACCGUAAGGUAACUGUUUCUCUUAGUCCAGAAAAAAAAAACAUUUCUAAAUGUUUGUUUCUCAAUAAGCCUUUCAUGUUUACAAGACAGCACAUAUACACAUACAAAGACAUUUUGAAAAUAUUGCAAAAUAAACAUUUAUGGAGAUUUGGGAGGGACGGGGCGGGAGGUGGGGUCACAUGCCACUUUUUGAUGAUAUUGAUUAUGUUUCAUUAUUUAUGGUGUCUGCUUAGAGCUUCUAUAUGUACUAUAUGUAAUAUAUUUUCACUUAAAUAUUUAUCUAUCAAAGGCAUUUUAUACGACAGUUCCACUUUAGAUGUGAAUGUAAAUGCACAAGAAUGUAUUACACUACAGUAUAUGAUCACCAGAUCCUGAUUCCUUUUUGUUAUCAGUUUGCAUGGUACUUUAGAUCAAAAGAUGCAAAAUGCAAAAAAAUCCAUUCAAUGCCUUGAUAAUAAAAUGUUUUCAUGCA